AAAAUGUCCCGUGCGCUGCGAUACUACUACCGCGUGAACAUUCUACGGAAGGUGCAAGGCGAACGGCACUGUUACCAAUUCCUCCGCAAUCCAACGGAGCUGAAGAGCAUCAAGAACAUUUCCCUACUUCGUCAAACGAUGGCCAGCCAGAGCGCAAACGGACAAAGCGGUGCCUCCGCCGGCGGUGCUAGCAGCCAUUCGUUGAUGUCUCUGCUGCCGAAUGGUGCUAACAUCCAUCAUUUGGCUGCUGCAGCGGCGGCCGCAGCUGCCUCGCACCAACAGGCAAACGGAGGUGCUCCAAUUUCGCCCACCGCGCUACACCAUCCUCAUCACCCGUCGCAAUCGUCAGUACAAAGCUCAGCGUCCUCCAAUGGCGUCGUCAACGGCCACCACAUCAAGAUGGAAACCGAUCUGGACGAACUGAAGCCCACCGAUCUGAGCACAAGCGAUCGGAAAUACUACGGUACCGGAUCCAACGGAGUUGAUUGUUAUCCAUUGAUUCGGAACGCAAACGGAUUAACCACAAUCCAGUUGCUCCGUCAACAGCAAGCCCAACACUCCCAAGAAAACAGUUCACCUCCACCGUCACCCAGUCACCUGUCACUGAACUCCCAAUCCCUGCACACCAUCAGCAACAACCUGCACCACUUGCACCAACAGCAACUACAAGCACAAGCUGCUGCCGCGGCAGCCGCCGUUGCCGCAGCUGAAGCACGGCACCAACAGCACCAACAGGAUGACGACCACAGGCUAGAACAGCACGAACAUGACCGGGAACACGAUCGCGAUCGGAGUCCCUCGCCGGCUGACCACCAUCAGCAGCAGCACCAUCAUCAUGCCAGCGGUAAAGCCAGCGACGACGAAAGCAUGAUGCCCACGGAUCUCAGCAAAUCCGACUCGAUGUACUACAAAUAGGCAACUGUUUCCCCACUUAUUUGGCAACACUGUUGUGACAAUCAUCAUACAGAGGGCGCUUCGACGAAGAGAGGGGAUAGCCUGUGCUAUCGGACCUCAGCCAGAGACCGGCGCAUAACGAGAGAUCUCAGCAACCACCGGUGCCAUUCUUCCAAUUUACACGGUAGAGCGUAAAGGCGAUCUCCUUGGCUGCGGUUCUCUCGCUCAUCGGCUACCUUGAUCCUUCCGUGUGUUUAUCACAAAUGACUGAACAAACAAAAAAAAUAUAAGAAAAACAUAAAAACAAAAGAACGUGUGAUAGAAACAAAAGAGGGCGGAAAUUAUAAAGAAACAAAUAUCCGGAACGGAAAAAAAGAAAACAAAUGUGCCAAUCGUUCUCAUUAUUGCUAUCGUUUCAGAGUUUAAUCAUUCAUCGAUAUUUGUCUGAAAUGGACAACACAAUUCGAGAAAAAAAAACAUGUACAGAGAAUCAUAAACACACACACACACACUGAAAGAGAAAAGUAGUUGAAAUAUUCUUCCUUACACACGAUGGGUUUCGCGCGAAAAAGGGGAAAUCUUUUCAGUUUUCUUGUAUUAUAUACUAAACAACAAAUUUUGCGGUCGAAAAGUAGAAUUUUUAUCCAGGAUAUCGAGUAUAGCUAAUGAGGUUUUCGAUUUAAAGUGUAGAGAAAAAGAGAGAUAGAGAAGAAAUUAAAUAGGUUAUUUUGUUGAUGAAUGCGGAACGGGCGCGAAUUGUGUACAGUUUUUUUUACUCGUAGAAGUAGAGUUCACCCUAUUUUUUGUGACAACACCUAGCAGUUAAGCGGUUGAAAUCCAGCCAGGAUAAAAGUACUCAUUUAGAUUUUUUCUUCUUCCAACGACACAUGAUUAUUAUUGGUUUGCUUGAAGUAUUUUUGUUUUGUUUAGAAAGGAAAUAAAUCGCAUAGUAGGAUAAGUUUGAGAACUUCCCUUCACAAUUGGCUUCCAUUUCACGAUAGAAUUAUGAAAUUUACAAAAUUUGAACAAAUGUGAUGAAAAUAUAGAGGUUUAUAUUUGAAGAAAUUUUUAACGAAAUAUUAUAGUUUUUCUUUGUUUGCGGCACGAUGAAAAUUAUGUGUGAGUUUAUAAUGGUAUUAUUUAGUGGAUUUUUUGUUGGUUUGAAGAGAAAAAGGGUCGAAUUUGUUUUACUACUAUUAGUGGAAUAUUCUCUACUUCUUUUUGUUGGCUUUAAAUGGAAAUCGAAAUCUUCCUUAUUUUUACACUAGUUAUAUUCAAACAUUGUAAAUAUGGUCAGAUUUUUUUUUUUAAAUACUGUAAUUUGUACAAUAGAGAUUAAGUUGUCGUCUCAAGUAGAAUAAUUUCCACAGCAUAGGGUCAGAACAGUAAAACAAUUGCAAAUAAUCCAAACCACCCACACAUACAACACCCCAAAUAGUGGCAGAAUGUGAUAUUUUCAAUCGAUAAAAAACUUCAUCCUAGGUAGGCUGUAGAACCGAACGGGUUUUCGAUCACAGCACUCCAUGGAAUAGUUCUCCAAGCAGAUAUUAACAGGAUAGCCAACGUUAGAAAAUAGCGAAUCACCACAUAGAUUAGUGCACCCGGAAACACCCAGCAAAAUACACAGCCAGGUUUUUUUUUUCUCUGUUUCGUUCGUAUGUAAGUAAGUGUUAGCAAAACGGACAGAAACAUUUUCGCAAUAGUUUUUUUUUUCGUCGUGUACUGUAAAGCAUUAUUUUUAUCACAAUCAUUAUUAGAGUAUGACUUUUUUUUAGAGUUUAUCGAAGAUAUGUUCUAAGGUAUAAGAAAUUGCAAAAAGAAGACUCAAUCCCAAUAAAAAGAAUAUAGAAUUGUUUCAAACAAA